AUGGUGGAAACUGUUAGUGCAAUUGUCGUUGGCGCGGGUUUUGGUGGUCUGGCUACAGCUAUUGAACUGAGACGAAAAGGGUGCAAAGUCAAAGUCUUUGAAGCGGUCAAAAAUUUGGAUAAUAAAGGAGAUGUGAUUAUGGUUGGGUCCAACGCGACUCGGAUCAUGGAGAAAUGGGGUCCAGUGCUUCCCGGGGUGGAAGAGUUAGCAGCUCAGCCAGAUACCAUGCGUAUUCAAGAUCAGAAUGGGAAAAUCCUCUUCAACCAACCGCUGCCUGCAGACUAUGAAGGCUGUCCAAAUUUUUACGCAAACCGCGGCCGGACUCAAAGAUCGAUGUAUGAGUAUGCUGUAUCCUUGGGAGUUGAGUUUGUGUUUGAUGCACGCAUCUCCGAAUUCCUCGAAACCGAAACGUCCGCUGGGGUGAUUUUGAAUGGCAAGAAAUACGAAGCGGACUUCGUUAUCGGAGCGGACGGUGUCCACAGCAAGGCGAGGGCUGUCGUGACAAAAAAACAAGAAAAACCUCAGAAAAGCGGCUUCGCAGUGUAUCGCUCAUGGUUCCAACUGGAAGGCCUGCGCGAAAACCCAAAAACCGAAUGGAUCGCAGCAUCUGAGAAAGACUUGCUCUUAGUUUGGAUAGGCAAAGACACACACGCUAUUGUCACCACUAAUACCAAGAUGAAGAGCAUCACUUGCUUUGCGACUCACAAGGAUGAUUCAAAUAUCGAAGAGUCAUGGAACUUACCUGGAAAAAUUGAAGACAUGCUCGCGGCGGUCGAAGGCUGGGAUCAAGUUCUGCUUGAAGUUAUCAAACAGAUUCCACCUGAGGUACUGAUUGACUGGAAACUGCUGUGGAGAAAUCCAGUUAAGCAGUGGGUGUCGGAAGGAGGGCGACUUGCUCUGGUUGGGGAUGCUGCGCAUCCACAUCUCGCAACUUCAGGAACUGGUGGUGCUCAAGCUAUUGAAGAUGGAGCCACAAUUGGUGCCUUGAUUGAUAUCAAUGGGAAAGCAAAUAUUCCCCUCGCAUUGAGAGCUUACGAAAAACUUCGUUUUGAAAGAACAGCUCUGACACAACGCAUGGGCUGGGAAACCCGUCACCGCUGGCGUCAGACUGAUUGGGAAAUGAUCGCGUCUAAUCCCGAGUUUCUGAAGCUCCCGCAACCAACUUGGCUGAAUGCCGCAGAUGCUGAAAAAUAUGCGUAUGACAACUUUGAAGCUGUGAAGUCCAAUUUGGAGACAGGAAGUCCCUUCAAGUCUACUAAUAUCCCUGAAGAUCAUGUCCAUGUUGAUUGGACGAUCGAGGAUAUGAUGGCGCGGGAGGGGGAGCAGGUCGGUGUUGAGUUCUAUCAGGUUCAGGAUUAG